AUGCAGUUCAAGAUCUCCGCCGCUGCCUUCCUGGCCUUCGCUGCCUCCGCCCUGGCCCAGAACGCCAACUUCGACCCCGUCACGAAGCCCACCCCCAACGAGCAGAUCAACGCUGGCACCUCCUACACCAUCGAGUGGACUGCCCCCGAUGCCUUCAAGGACGUCACCGUCUCCAUCAGCCUGAUCGGUGGUGCUACCCAGAACACCCAGGUUCCUCUCCUGGACAUUGCCUCCGGCAUCGCCAACUCUGCUGGAAAGUACACCUGGACCAUUCCCAGCACUCUCGGCAAGGACGCCUUCUACGGCCUGGUUGUCAAGUCUGAGUCCAACCCUACCGUCGACUUCCAGUACUCCAACCCCUUCCACAUCAUUGCUGGUGAGGGCGCUGCCUCUGGCACCACCACCGUCGUCUCCUCUUCCGCCACUGCUACCGUCACCCUGUCCGCUGCCAGCGUUUCGGUCACUCCUACCGCCUCUGCCUCCGUCUCGGCUUCUGCUUCUGCUUCUGCCUCUGUCACCAAGUCUGAGAGCGUCAUUGUCAACUCCACCACCGCUCUUUCCACCACUGCCGUCCCGACCCCUGCUACCCUGAGCGCUUCUGCCUCCACCAUCACCAGCGUCACCCGCCCUGCCACUAACAGCACCGGCACUGCUACCCGCUCUGCUAUUGCCACCGUCACUGGUGUUGCUGCUGGUGCCCAGGCCACCGCAGGUGUCUUUGCUGUCCUCGGUGGUCUCGCCGUUGCUGCCCUUCUCUAA